AAAGUCUCGGUGUCAAGUCGCUAACACUGAACCCAUGUAUAGAGAUCUGACAGUGUGUCCAGCAGGACACCAUUGGAGAAGAAUCGGUUAAGUGGCUAACAGUAUGGCCUGUGCACCUCACACGUAACAUAUCAACAUGUCUGCUAAGGAAUACGGAGGUUUACCACGACCCUAUACUAACAAUAGCUUUCAGACGAAACUGUACCAGUUUAAGGAACUAAUUGCAGAACUUACUCAACAAGACAGUGAAGCAAGUCCAGAAGAACGUCGACAGAUUAUAAACGAAACGCUACGGUUCGACGCAUUUUGUGACGCAAUCCGUUCGUUAUUUGGACCUGAUAUACGCAACCAAGACCUAAAAGCAAUAUACAGAAAAAUUACCACUAAUCCCGAUGCUAAAGUCGAUUGGAGCGAGUUGUUUGGUUAUUUUCAAUCCGAAAAUGAAGACCAGGAACAGAUCGUGAAUGAAGAGGUCAGUGUAUUCACAGUAUCUAAAAGACACAGAAUUGGAGAGGCUGCCGGUGACAAGAAGAGACGAGAUACCAUACAAAAUAUACAGUAUAAUCCUCAUUUUGACAUUUACAUAACAGCGUCUCUGAAAGGUGUAUUAUGCGUAUGGACAGCAAAGGUGAGUAACAUGCGACUGCAGUCAUGCUGUGAUAUAAAUGAGUCAGCGUGGGUCACAGGUGUUGAUUACUUACCUAGUGUAAGAAAAGUUGCUGUGGCAACAGAAAGAAGCAUAGCAAUAUGGGACAACAGAUCAAAAGGCAAACAUCCUACCAAUUUUGUUAUCAAACCAUUGGACCAUUCACCGCAAUGUAUGACGUACAUACCCUGUAGUAAUAGCAUGCAUGAAGACUGUAUAUUGGUUGGAGAUGACCAAGGAUGUAUUAGUUUAAUCACAAUAGCAGCUAAAGAUCUUAAUCCUAAAGAUGCUAAAGUCGACAAGAAAAAUCCACUUAAUCUCUGUCUGGAUCCUGCUAAUCUCAGCAAUCCUAUAUAUAAAAGAAAGUUUCACAAUGACUGGGUGCUAAAUGUUAAAUACUUUCCUGAAUUGAGGUGCUUUGCUUCUUGUUCACCAAGUACAACUGUUUCAUUUGUCCUUGAAGAUGUACAAAGAAUAAAUGAUAAUCAACCAAUCAGAUCUGUUGGAAUAAACAAAGGUGUGAACUGCUUUGCAUACUGUGCCAAAGCUAAUGUCAUAGCAACAGGAGGUGCAGACAAGGUUAUCAGAAUUUGGCAUCCACAUAUUUUCACUAGACCCACAGGAAAGAUGAUUGGUCAUUUAUUUACCAUUUCUGAUAUUGCUGUUAAUGAGAAAGAUCAACAUGUUAUCAGUCUUUCAACUGCUAGGGUAUUCAGGGUGUGGGACAUCCAUACACUAACAAGCCUGCAAGUCUUCACAGACAAUGAAGAAAGGCCAGGAGAGAAAAGAAUACACUGUAUGGUGUUUGAUGAUAAACACGAGAGACUUGUUACAGGUUCCAGUGUGUUAGAUUCUUGGCCGUUAACCAGAGCUGUUCAAGACACUAUGCAAGUACCUCAUACACAUGACAGACCAAUCACACAUAUAUUGUAUAAUAAAGAAUUAAACCAGUGUGUCUCACUGUGUUCUGAGUCAAUAAUAAAGGUAUGGGAGAUGGAGGCUGGUAGACAGGUAUACCAAAUAGCUGAAGCUCAUGGACCCAAUAUUGAAGUUACUUCUAUUGCCCUUGAUAAAACUGGAUAUAGACUUGCAUCUGGUGCUUUAGAUGGCUCAUUAAAGAUAUGGGACUUUGGCAGUGGUCAGGAAAUAAGAUUAUGGUCUCCACAUGAUACAGAAAAAGAAGAAGAUUUCAGUGUGACAUGUCUCUUCUAUUGUCUUAUUAACAAUGAACGACAUCUUAUAGCUGUUGGAUGGAAUAAUAAACUCAAAUUAUUUCAGGAUCAGAAUGAAGGCGACUUAAUCUUUGUAGAAGACUUCAAUGAUCAGUACUUUGUACCUCAGAUCACACCGUCAGAGUCUCCUAAUGUCUUCACUAAAACAUCACCACUGCCACAAAUUGGACAAACCUCAGCACAAGUUACUAAUAUAUUUGAAAAGGAAAAUGUGUUAUCAACUUAUGAUCUCAUUUGCCUGGAUAUCUUACAUUCUAAGAAUGUUUUUGCAACUGGCUGUAGUAAUGGUGAUACGAUUAUAUGGAACUAUGAAAAAGCUAGUGUCAAACAAGUGUUCAAAUUACCAGAUGAUUUGAAUGCAUCACAUAAUGGUAUCAGAGAAAGUUCCAAUGGACAUAGAACUAAGAUAACUAAUGCCAAAAAAGUUAAUGCACUAAGAUUUCUUGUUCAUAAAACAAGACGACCAGAUCCAGCUUAUAUCAAGAGGCUAACUAAACAUGUGGUUCCAUCAGAUUCAAAAGAAGAAACUACAGAUGAAGAUGAAAACAAGAACGAGACAUCACAAUCAACUAGUAAACAAAUAAGUAGAAGAGAGAGCCACAUUGAUGAAUUAGUGGUACAAGGUGGUGAUAAUCAAGAGACUGAUAAAAAUAUGGAUGUUGAUGGUGAAAAUAAAAGUGGUACUGAUAGUGUAGAGGGGAUGAUAAAAGAGAAUGAGACAGGUGAUAAUGAUGAUGAUGAUGAUGAUGAUGAUGAUGAUGAUGAUGAAGACAAUAUUGAUCCACAAGCUACUAUGAUAGUAUCCGAAUAUGAUCCUAUUUUAGUCACAUGCCAUGCAGAUUCUUACAUUAGAUACUGGACUUUACAGGGUAAGAUGUUAUGCCAAGUUAGUGCAAUGACAAGACGUCAAGGAUCUGCUGUAACAGCUGUGUGUUCGGAUGAAGAUUGUCAUGUGUUAGUAACCGGCGAUAAUAGGGGUUAUAUCACCAUGUGGGAGGUUGGACAGUUUUUGGAAGACCCAAAAGCAGGAAAAAAGGAACAAAUUAAGCAGGUUCUUAGCUGGAGAGGACAUUCAACAAGAGUUGUUACACUUAUAUAUAUAGAUAAUAUGAAAGCUAUAUUGUCAGCAUCAACUGAUGGAUCUGUAAGAAUGUGGUAUGCUGCUGCCAUGGCCAGAGGUCACUUUAUGGGUUUCUUUGGGCAGCAUAGAGCAUGGAAUUAUCCUAAUACAGAGAGGGUUAGUACACCUGUUCUUCCCUAUGAUAUCAGUGAAAGACCGAUGAAACCCAUCAAAAGUAUGAGUGCGAGACAGAAAGCCAAACGAGCACAAAGUUAUGAAUAUCCACUGAUAUUUAAAGAAUCAAACUGGCAGCCAGUCAGGCGAUCUGCAUACUUUCAAAAGAGAGUAAAGCCCAAGGAACCUGAAGACAAGAAGUUUUUUGAUGCUUUAAGAAAACCUCAGUUUUAUAAUCACCAUCUUGAGUACAUGAAAGCUGGUGAUGCCGAUAGUGGUGCUGUUUUCAGAUCACUUCCAGUCUAUAGGAUAACCACACCAGUGAGAUUAAGUACACCUACAUUUGAUAAAUUGACAUCUCAAGAAGCACAGGCCUAUUUUUUUACUCAACCGAGUAAAAUGAAGAGCAAUUCUCCAAUUAAAGACAUUGGCAAGCAACAAAGUAGAAGAAAGUUACAGAGAUUAGCUACAACUAAUACCACAACAAGUAGCAGUUCUUGGUCUUCUCUACCAUCACCUAGAAAAAGAUGA